AUGAAGUCAUUAUAUUUCCUAGUAUUGUCUUUAUACACGGCCAGAGGUGUAGAGUCGUCGACUACUCCACCGCUCGGCUUCGAGAGGAGAGCCCUUUUUCGAGAUUUCACCAGGCGCGCGGCUGCAGGCUCCAGUGCUUCGACCUCUGGGACUUGUUCUCUCGAUGAGAGUGCGCCAACCAUUUCUGCCCCCAAGACCAAUGUCUGGAGGACGCUUUCGCCGGAAGACAACAUUGCAGUCUAUAAUCUGCUGCAUGACCCGGCGUCUGGGUUGAACCUGACUGAUGUUUCAACUGCUGGGAUCAAUGACAACUACCUAUUUUAUAUCGACACGGUCCCGCUGAACAAGUCCGACGUCCUGCCAUAUUUGGAUGCAUCGGGGCCAAAGCCAGCACAAUACGCGAGAGCUAUCAUCUUCGAGGGUGGCAAGGAGGAGCCUGUCUCCCAAGAAUACAUGGUUGGUCCUCUGCCAGUCGACAGUAAGACGACGAUCCAGAAGCUGGAUUAUCUCUACAAUGGUGGUAGCGGUGGAUCAAUCCCGUUCAACGGCAGAACGUUUGACGCUUUGCGGGCUGCAGCGUCGGAUACUCUCUUGUUAGAGAUCAUGGCAAAUGUCAGCGAUAUCACGACUGCACUUCUUGGCGGUGCUUGGUAUGGAGACUUCCUGCCAGAGUCCACACUUGAGUCGUCGAUUUCUGCUCCUUCCUCAUACGAUGGAACACAAGCCUUCCGUAUUGUGGCGUUCAAGCGCCCCGGUCCUGCGUCGUACUUGCGGCCAGUGGACUUCUAUGUUAUCUUGGACUGCACCGGAACCGAUGCCUCACUUUACAAGCUGAAAUCGAUUGUUACGAACACUCGAGUGUUCCCGUCGAUCGCUGAGCUAAGGGCAGCAUUCGAGGCAGGCGAACUGACAGAAGAGAACAAACAACCCGAAGACUACGACUGGGCACUAGUGAAGCCCGAUCAGGAGAUGGGCAAGCGGGAUCUGGAGGAGAAGUUCGCGCCUCAGAGCAUUGAGAUCGGUGGAAAGAGAUACAAGCUUGACAAUGAGCAGAAAUACGUCGAGUACAUGGGUUGGUCCUUCUAUGUCUCUCACACCAUUAGUCUUGGCGUCAUGUUCUUCGACAUCAAGUUUAAAGGGGAGCGAAUCCUAUACGAACUAUCAAUGCAGGAAGCUGCGGCUCAGUAUGGAGGAUUCCAGCCGAAGUCUGCUUCGACGCUCUAUCACGAUACGUAUUACCAGAUGGGUACGAAUUUGUACCCCCUGGUGGACGGAUUUGAUUGCCCUUUCGGUUCCUCUUUUUGGAAUGUUACCUACCACGAUACAAACACGACGGUCGUGAGCCCAAACGCCAUCUGUAUCUUCGAGUCCGAUGCUGGUUUUCCGCUCUCUCGACAUCGCGCUCCUGGAGGGAACGCGUACGGGUUGACAAACAUCGGUGUUGUCAAGGCAUCUAUGCUGACCCUUCGCUCGAUUGCUACAGUGGGCAACUAUGAUUAUCUUUUCGACUACGCCUUUCAUGUUGAUGGGUCUUUGGAGGUAACAGUCCGGGCAUCAGGAUACCUACAGUCCUCCUUCUACUAUCCGGACCAAGGUAAAUGGGGACCACGGAUUCAACAGGCAACUCAGGGCUCGCUCCACGACCACGUUCUGACGUGGAAGGCGGAUUUUGAUAUCCUUGAUACUAACAACGAUUUGGAGGUCACCGAGGUCCGCGCCGCGCCCACGGAACAGCCGUGGUUCCCCGAGUUGGGUGUCUUUGAGCAGCUCGAGUUGAACCAAUACAAGAUGGACACUGAACAGCGCUUUGACUGGGCCGCUAAUGGGCAGACGAUGUAUUGCGUUAAUCAUGCGAGUGAGACAAACAAGUGGGGCACCAAGCGCGGAUAUCGCAUCAUUCCAGGCCGGUCUAACAUCCGGUUGAGCACUCUCGACUCGCCAUUUAGCCGACGUAACUCGGAGUUAUCCAAGUCACAGCUGGCCGUGACUCGGCAACAUGACACGGAGCCGUGGGGAAACAGUGUGCAAAACCUCAACAUGCCGUGGAAGCCACAACAGGACUUUGGCAAGUUCUUCAACAACGAGAGUAUCGAAGGGGAAGACUUGGUGGUCUGGUUCACCCUUGGGAUGCAUCACUUCACGCGUGCCGAAGACGUGCCAGUGACGCUGUACUCGGAGGCCGUAAGCAGCAUCAUGUUUGCACCGCAGAACUUCUUCGAUAGAGCGCAGGACGGCGACAUCCAGAAUCGUAGGUGGAUUACUCCUGCGCCGAACUCGACUUCUCUGGUGUAUGAGACCUUUGGUAUUGAACUGCCGCAGUGCAAGGUUGAGUUGAAGGAGAGGGUGAUACAACCCUUUGAUUUGUACUAA